AUGAAGUUGGUGGGGCUAACCACACUCGCCCUCUGCCUGGCUGCCCAAGUAUCCCAAGCAUUCCGGCCUCCAGUCACGGGCAGACGCGCCAUCACCUCUUAUCUGCCUCGCACAGCCACCUUUGAGCUCAGAAAGAAGCACCACCAUGAUCAUAAGGUGCUGCGGAUGGCCCAAAACGAGGUGGACAAGGUGCUGAGUGACAAGCCCGACCUCGUCGAGACGCUCAAGUUGCAGACGCUGUAUCGACCCGGAACAGGGGAGGGCGUGAAUGUCGGCGACCUGCUGCCGGCUGGCAAACCGGCAUUGGUGGUCUUCCUAAGACAUCUCGGUAUGCGAGGCGCAUUGCACUGCAAUGACAUGACAUGCAGUGGCUGCUGUGCUUCAUGGACAGCUGUGUGUGUGUUUGUGUGUGAUUGCGUGUGUCGACCAGGAUGACCGUUCUGCUGGCAGUACUCCAAGGAACUGACGGACGCUCUUCCGGCAUUGGAGCGUGCCAACGUGACCUUGGUUGCUGUCAGCAUCGGGGAGCCGCAGAAGGCGGCUAAGUUCCUCGACCAAACGGGAUAUCUGGGCUAUCAGUACUUCUUCGUCGACACACCACCUGACCUGAGGUCGGUGGGAGAAACCAGCCAGCCGAUAGACACGCACCGUCGCACCGUCGUCCCUCCUGAUAGAUAGACCACCACUUGGUGCUUUUGCUGUGCCUUGAUGCAGGGCGUAUCGCGCGUUGGGGUUGGCAGAGUUCUUCACAGCGCCGAAAGACCCGUGGCGGUAUCCGAUUGCCCUGCUCAACCCCUUUAAGGCUUUGGCCACUCUCAAGAAAUGGGCCAGGGGCGUGCUUGACGCCACGGUCGCCAAGAAAUGGAACCCGCAGGACUUCACACCCAGACAGGUUUGGCAAACGCGCACACUCAUAUGUCAUAUGUCAUAUGUCAUAUGUCACAUGUCACAUAUGUCACAUGUCACAUGUCAUGUGUCGAUGGAUCGAUCUGUGUGUGUGUGUGUGUGUGUGGUCCACCAGAUCAAGUCUGUGACGCAGCAGGGGGCCACGUUUGCCAUCGGUGCAAGUGGCGAGCUGGUGUUUGCGUACAAGGACCGAGUGCCGAAUGAGUACGCCAACCUCGAUGAGGUCUUCGACGCACUGGGGAUCGGGGAGAGGGAGGUAGUCAUCACGUAG